AUGGACUCUUGGGUUCGAUUCAGUGCGCAGAGCCAAGCCAAGGAGCGAGUUUUCAGGUACAGUCGCUAGCUAAAAUGUCAUAUAAGAGUUGAGAUUUCUCAGACAGUAAUAUGUAAUGUCAACAAGUCAGAAUCAGCUGGCAGGUUUCAAGUUAAAUUCAUUACAGCCAGAUACAGUAACGUUAGCUAGGGAGUUUCGUCCGCUUAAAGCGAGCUAGCACGAACGUUAGCAGGCAAUGCAAACUGAAAUCCACAUAAGCAUACAAAACAUGAAUGUAUAAGAGGACGAAAAAAAUACAAAUAACAAAAAAUAUGUUUAUCAAAAGUCGAUGUGGGUGACCUUUUGUACCAUUCAGUUCUCGACUUUGGUAGGUUUUUGGCUGCUGUUGUCACUACCUGUUUGCCCGUUUUAUUGGGUACUGCGCCACAGCUCAUAUUUGGUUUCGAAUUUAAGGGGGCCUGAGGGGGUCUCAUGCACAAUGCUAAUUUCCAGCCUUUCCCUAUCAAGUGGCCAUAGUCCCAAAUACAUUUGGUAUUAUACUGAUGGCUAGCUACAUGAAAGUACCAGUUGCCCUUGACAUGAAAACACACAUUGUGCCCAAGUUAUUCAUCACAAGAUGCAAACAAUGACUAAACUAUAGUAACAUAGAUAUAAUCAGAUUUUGACACACAUUUGAUUCAUUUUCUGUGUUCACACAGGGCUGCACAGUACGCCUGUACGUUGCUAGGCUACACUCUCCAGAAGGGUGGGGCAGGCAUUGAGCGCCUGAAGAUGGUGAAACAACUGGAAGCUCAUAUGAGCCUAACAAGGAAGUGUAAGUCAAUGUUUGUAAGUCAAUGCUGCACCUCUGUGUCUCACGAUUAUGGCUCAGGCUUACUCUCUGUACAUCCAUUGGUAUUUCACUGUGCCUCAGUUCAGUUUCCUGGGUCUCACAUCUCUCUCUCGCCAGUGAUGCGUCUGGGGAACUCUGCAGAGGCUGUGGAGGCAGCGAAGCGUGCAAUGCACCUCUCAGACAGCGUGCUGCGUCUCUGCCUGACCGUGGCCCACCUCAACAAGGCCAUGUACUUCGCCUGUGACAACGUGCUGUGGGCCGGCAAAGCGGGCCUCCUGCCCAAGUUGGACCAGGACAAGUGGAGCCAGAGAUCCUUCAGGUGACUGUUAUAAUUGGGAACCUUAAGCCCUAAAAUACACCGUAUUAGGAAUCAGUAUUUGAGUUGUCCAUGGUAAUCGGGAAUCCUGUAGUGAACAUUACUAUUAUUGGCAGUUGUUACCUACAUUCUCUCUCCCUAGAGCUACGCUACAUGACCAAAAGUAUGUGGACACCUGCUCGUCGAACAUCUCAUUCCAUGGGCAUUAAUAUGGAGUUGGUCCCCCCUUUGCUGCUAUAACAUCAUCCUCUCUUAUGGGAAGGCUUUCCACUAGAUGUUGGAACAUUGCUGCGGGGACUUGCUUCCAUUCAGCCACAAGAGCAUUAGUGAGGUCGGGCACUGAUGUUGGGCGAUUAGGCCUGGCUCGCAGUCUGUGUUCCAAUUCAUCACAAAGGCGUUCGAUAGGGUUGAGGUCAGGGCUCUGUUCUUCCACACCGACCUCGACAAACCAUUUCUGUAUGGACCUCACUUUGUGCACGGGGGAAUUGUCAUGCUGAAACAGGAAAGGGCUUUUCUCAAACUGUUGCCACAAAGUUGGACGCACAAAAUUGUCUAGAAUGUCACUGUAUGCCGUAGCAUUAAUAUUUCCCUUCACUGGAACUAAGGGGCCUAGCCUGAACCAUGAAAAACAGCGCCAGACCAUUAUUCCUCCUCCACCAAACUUUACAGUUGGCAUUAUGCAUUGGGGCAGGUAGCGUUCUCCUGGCAUCCACCAAACCCAGAUUUGUCCGUCAGACUGUCAGAUGGUGAAGCGUGAUUCAUCACUCCAGAGAAAACGUUUUCCCAUGCUCCAGAGUCCAAUGGCGGCAAGCUUUACACCACUCCAACCGAAGCUUGGCAUUGCGCAUGGUGAUCUUAGGCUUGUGUAUGGCUGCUUGGCCAUUGAAACCCAUUUCAUGAAGCUCCCAACGAACAGUUAUUGUGCUGACGUUGCUUCCAGAGGAAGUUUAUAACUCUGUAGUGAAUAUUGUAACCGAGGACAGACGAUUUUUACGCGCUAUGCACUUCAGCACUUGGCGGUCCCGUUUUCUGAGCUUGCAUGGCCUACCACUUCGCGGCUGAGCCGUUGUUGCUCCUAGACGUUUUCCACUUCACAAUAACAGCCCUUACAGUUGACCGGGGCAGCUCUAACAGGGCAGAAAUGUGAAGAACUGACUUGUUGGAAAGGUGGCAUCCUAUGACGGCGCUCUUCAGUAAGGCCAUUCUACUGCCAAUGUUUGUCUAUGGAGAUUGCAUGGCAGUGUGCUCGAUUUUAUACACCUGUCAGCAACGGGUGUGGCUGAAAUAACCAAAUCCACUAAACUGAAGGGGUGUCCUCAUACUUUUGUAUAUACAGUGGGGGAAAAAGUAUUUAGUCAGCCACCAAUUGUGCAAGUUCUCCCACUUAAAAAGAUGAGAGAGGCCUGUAAUUUUCAUCAUAGAUACACGUCAACUAUGACAGACAAAUUGAGACUUUUUUUCUCCAGAAAAUCAUAUUGUAGGAUUUUUUAUGAAUUUAUUUGCAAAUUAUGGUGGAAAAUAAGUAUUUGGUCACCUACAAACAAGCAAGAUUUCUGGCUCUCACAGACCUGUAACUUCUUCUUUAAGAGGCUCCUCUGUCCUCCACUCGUUACCUGUAUUAAUGGCACCUGUUUGAACUUGUUAUCAGUAUAAAAGACACCUGUCCACAACCUCAAACAGUCACACUCCAAACUCCACUAUGGCCAAGACCAAAGAGCUGUCAAAGGACACCAGAAACAAAAUUGUAGACCUGCACCAGGCUGGGAAGACAAUCUGCAAUAGGUAAGCAGCUUGGUUUGAAGAAAUCAACUGUGGGAGCAAUUAUUAGGAAAUGGAAGACAUACAAGACCACUGAUAAUCUCCCUCGAUCUGGGGCUCCAUGCAAGAUCUCACCCCGUGGGGUCAAAAUGAUCACAAGAACGGUGAGCAAAAAUCCCAGAACCACACGGGGGGGCCUAGUGAAUGACCUGCAGAGAGCUGGGACCAAAGUAACAAAGCCUACCAUCAGUAACACACUACGCCGCCAGGGACUCAAAUCCUGCAGUGCCAGACGUGUCCCCCUGCUUAAGCCAGUACAUGUCCAGGCCCGUCUGAAGUUUGCUAGAGUGCAUUUGGAUGAUCCAGAAGAGGAUUGGGAGAAUGUCAUAUGGUCAGAUGAAACCAAAAUAGAACUUUUUGGUAAAAACUCAACUCGUCGUGUUUGGAGGACAAAGAAUGCUGAGUUGCAUCCAAAGAACACCAUACCUACUGUGAAGCAUGGGGGUGGAAACAUCAUGCUUUGGGGCUGUUUUUCUGCAAAGGGACCAGGACGACUGAUCCGUGUAAAGGAAAGAAUGAAUGGGGCCAUGUAUCGUGAGAUUUUGAGUGAAAACCUCCUUCCAUCAGCAAGGGCAUUGAAGAUGAAACGUGGCUGGGUCUUUCAGCAUGACAAUGAUCCCAAACACACCGCCCGGGCAACGAAGGAGUGGCUUCGUAAAAAGCAUUUCAAGGUCCUGGAGUGGCCUAGCCAGUCUCCAGAUCUCAACCCCAUAGAAAAUCUUUGGAGGGAGUUGAAAGUCUGUGUUGCCCAGCGACAGCCCCAAAACAUCACUGCUCUAGAGGAGAUCUGCAUGGAGGAAUGGGCCAAAAUACAAGCAACAGUGUGUGAAAACCUUGUGAAGACUUACAGAAAACAUUUGACCUGUGUCAUUGCCAACAAAGGGUAUAUAACAAAGUAUUGAGAAACUUUUGUUAUUGACCAAAUACUUAUUUUCCACCAUAAUUUGCAAAUAAAAUCGUAAAAAAUCCUACAAUGUGAUUUUUUGGAUUUUUUUUUCUCAUUUUGUCUGUCAUAGUUGACGUGUACCUAAGAUGAAAAUUACAGGCCUCUCUCAUCUUUUUAAGUGGGAGAACUUGCACAAUUGGUGGCUGACUGAAUACUUUUUCCCCCCCACUGUAUAGUGUAUUUUUUCGAUCACUUUCAUUCUCUAAUUCCUCGAACUGUCCCUCUUUUCCCUCUGCCACUUUUUAUUUUGUUUAAUGUCUUCUACAUCCUUUCUUCCGGUCUUGCACUAGCUUUACUCUCAUAUUUUACAUGAAUCUCCCUCUGUCUCACACGCUCUCACACAUUUCUCUCUCUCUCUACAGGUACUACCUCUUUGCCCUCAUCCUUAACCUAACCCGGGACGCCUACGAGAUCCGCCUGCUUAUGGAGCGUGAGGCCCGCUCCUCCCACGGGGGGUCAAAUGCUACCUGGACUUUCCCUCCCUCCUCUCCAUCCCCCGAGAACGGCGACCUCUCCCACCCCCACCCCUCUUCCUCCUCCUUCCCCGCGGCCAUAUUACCCCUUCUGUCCGAACGCCUCGGCAGACAGUUCCACCUGCUGGGGAUGGUGCUGCGCAGCAACCCACCACUGCUGCUGGACCUGCUGAAGAACGCAUGCGAUGUGUUUAUCCCGUUGGACCGGCUGGGCAUCUACCCCACCGGCCAGGGCUUCGUGGGGGCCUGUGGCCUGGCCUCCUCGGUUCUCUCCAUCCUCACCAUCGUCCACCCCUGGCUCAAGCUCAAACCGUGA